UAGCAGGAUUUUUUCUAGAGCUGUUUUCUUUUCAGCUGGAUACUAGGCUUUACAUAGCGAUUGGCUCUGGCGGCUUCUGUGCUGUGAAAGAAUUUUAUUUUGUGACAUUUAAAUUGGUGAUUGUUAGUUUUAACAUGCCAGAAAAACCUAUUAAAUCUGAGCCGAAAAGGGAUGAAGUUGAACUGGAAACGCAAUUCAUAAUGCGGAUACCACCGGAACCGGCCAAAACUUUGCGAGAAGCAAUCCAAAGUGGAGCAAAUAAUCUAAAGGAUCGUCUCAAUAUUCGUCUGGAUACAGAUUUACGGUACGGUGAGGUUCGUUUAGACCAUUGGUUGCUACAUGCUAAAGUCGUUGAUCUACCGACUAUCGUCGAAACAUUAAAAACUAUCGACGGGAAAAACUUUUAUAAAACAGCUGAUUUAUGCCAACUGAUGAUUUGUAAAGAAGAACCUGAUCUCCCUUCUGCUGAAGAGGAGUCACCAGCAAAAAAUAAGAAAAAAGAUCCAAAUAAGGUAGAUAAAAAGUUUUUGUGGCCGCACGGAAUUACGCCUCCGUGUAAAAAUGUUCGCAAGCGUCGUUUUCGGAAAACACUAAAGAAAAAAUAUGUUGAAGCACCAGAAAUUGAAAAGGAAGUUAAACGUUUGCUGCGUGUCGAUAACGAGGCAGUGCAUGUAAAGUGGGAUCUUAUUACGGAAGAGGAGGAUCCAAAUAAAGCUGUCUCGGAAACGAAACACGAUGCAAGUGCUCCGAAUAAAAGUCCUUCGAAAGCAGGUAAAAAAGGAGCUACCACCAGCAAAGACGUGGGAGAGCAUGAAAUUUUUGGAGAGGAAGUUUCCGAUUCAGACGAGGACGAAAACCCUAUUAAUAAGAACAUCGAUAUCGAUGAAAGUAGCCGACUAUCGGCAGAAGCUGAAGAUAGCCGUAUGUCCGAUUCAAGUUCCUGUCAGGGAACUCAGUCGUCAGAUAAGAAUCUUACAGUUGAAUUCAGUAAGAGCAUGUUCAGCACUGUGUCUAGCAGUGGUGGUUCACGCUCACGGAAAUUCGAAACGGCCUCAGUGUCUAAAUAUGGCGAUAAUUCCCGGCUGGAUUCAGAUAAUGACUCAACGGAUUUCACGCCAUCAUCACGAGACUUGAUUAGCAAUCGCAUGUAUGAACUUCGACGACAGUUAAGCGAUUUAAAAACACAGAGAAGUCAAAAAGAACAAGAAAUUCGCACUAUCGAAAACCAGACGCUUCGCCAACGUUUGCAAGAUAAUCUGGACAGUUUACUGAGCCAGAUUGUCGAGAAGGAAAUGGAGGUUCAAGAACUGGAGAUGAUGUAGAUUUGAACUUGGAUGCUACUAUCACUGUUUCAUCAAUUUCAUUUAUGCAACACUUUCUGCUGUGUGUGUGGUGUUCUAGAGAUAACGCUAGCUUAAGGCUGGUUUAAACUAUACUUUUUGAAAUUAUUUCAACUAAGGGCAUUACAUUAUUCUUUCAACGCUCUAUAACCUUAAGUUUAUCUGAUUUGUCAAUUAUGAUAACGUUUACGCAGCCUCAUAAAUUUUAUAUAUUAAACUAGCCUGCAGAAACGAUUAUCACUAUUGGUACUAUUGACUUUUUCUUGCUUUCGUGCCACCGUAAGAACACCACAAUAAUAAAAUUGGUGGACAAGACACAAACACGUAUCAC